GUGAUUUGAAUAAGCAUUUGGCCGCCGCACCGAACUACACGUUCCAGAAUGCAUUGGAACGAAAGCAAGCUGUUGAUAAACUCAGCGGCUUGGCUAAUGGGAGAGCAGAUCGCUUGUUUUGAACCGGAAGAGAAUGGUGCUGCAGCAAGAUCAUCCCAAAAAAGAAAUUGUGGGUACAAAAGGGAAUGGGAGAUCUCUGGGGCCAGUCCUCGAUUCGUCAGCAGUGAGAGCCAAAGUCGAGAUGUUGAUUACCGAGAACGGACUUUACUCCUCUCCGACCUGUGAUGCCCCCCCUCUCACAGGAAAUAUUAAAGAAGAAGUAGAAGAAAUCACUAUUACAGACCAAUAUGCUUCUGGGGAGGGAACAACAGAUAGCUCCUCCGAUGAUCAAAUAAAAGAAGAAGGGACCGCCCAGGAUGAUCUAAGUCUGAGCAUGGAUUGUUUGUCAGAUGAUAAUGAUGAAGAAACCGAUGCACCUUGUGAAGGAAAGGUGAACCCUCCGACACCGCCCGUGGACUCUCCAAUCGUUAAUAUUAAAGAAGAAAUUGAAGAAGUAACUGUUACUGAUAGCCAUCUAAAUAGUUCUCCGAGUCACAACACUGAUUCAUCAGAUGAAAGGCUUCCCAGCCUGAGCUGGUUUAACAAAUGUUACAGACCGGAUUAUUUAGCAGAUGUGGAUGAGGAUCCUAAUGCUCCUUACUGGGCUGGGGAGGACCAGUCCGAUGAUGAACCAUGUAUUUCGCUAUCUGUCACAGAUAACCAAAGUAAAGACCGGCCGCAUAGGUGCAGAGCAUGUAACGAAUGCUUUCCUGACAAAAAUCAGCUGGCUGUCCAUCGGAGAAAGCACAUUGCCAAGUCACUGAGGUGCCCAACUUGUGGGAAAGCUUUCCGGUUCCAAUCCCAUCUUCUUAAACAUCAGAAAACCCAUAAAGAAGAGAACGUCUACACCUGCCCUAUUUGUGGAGUCCAGUACGAACAGAAAGUCCAGUUUGCUGCGCACAUGAGGGUCCACCCCGGGGAGAAACCAUUUAAGUGUGAUGAAUGUGGCAGCUGCUUUGCCCAAAAGGGCUCCCUUGUUUUACACCAGAAGAAACACAAAGGGUUGGAUGUUUAUAAGUGCAAACUGUGUGGACAUAGAUUUGACAAAAAAUCCAAGCUUAAGAAUCAUCUGAAGUUCCACAGACUGGAAAAAGCGACUAUAUUCAGUUGAUUAAAGGAUGAAGGGAUGACUUCCCCUUAUCAACUCAAAUGUAUGUGUUUUCUUUCACUGCCUGCACAACUCAUGGCAUCAUUCUACAGAAUGAUCUGAUCUUUACCUACCCAUCCAUCAGAGAUCAUACAAAAAGGCCUGGAAUUUGGGAUCUGCCUCUGUGUAUAUUUAUAAGGACAUUUGUGAAGUGAUUAUCAUUAUCACAAUACCUGUGGCUUUUUUCUGUAUAUAAUCAUGUAUAAUUAUUUGUUUAAGCGAUACUGUGUACAAAAUAUACUACUUGGUAAAUGA